AUGAUCCAGACCAAUGGUCGAUCUUGGAGGAUACAAGAUCCGGAUUCCCCCUUUCCAUGGCACAACAAUCCUGAUGAGUACAUGGACUGGGAGAAGAAGUGUGAGUUCAACUUCAACUUACACAACAUAUCCAACAUCAACAGAGUCAAACUGGCGGUCUCUGAGUUCAAUGACUAUGCCCUAAGGUGGUGGGAACAAGUCGUGACCGCAAGAGAGAUUGGUGGAGCUCUUGAGGUCUCUACCUGGGAAGAGAUGAAAAGGAUCAUGAGGCAGAGGUUCAUACCUAGCUAUUCAGAGAGAGCUACAUUCUAA